AUGAAGAGCACAAACCUUACCAUCUUCCUUCUUGUCCUCUUCACUGUCCCUGCAGAUGUAAAUGCUUUUAAAAUCUGUGCAUUCAACAUCAAGAGCUUUGGGGAUGCAAAAGCUGCAAACGAAAGUAUCAUGGCUGUUCUGGUAAAGAUCCUAACUCGUUGUGACAUAUGCUUAAUCCAGGAGGUCCGUGAUAUGAAGGGUACAGCUAUCUCUACACUGAUGAAAAAACUAAACAGAUUUGAUGGAUCACAUAGUUAUUCUCAUAUAGAGAGCGAGCGACUUGGGAGAAACAUCUACAAGGAACAGUACAUCUUCAUCUACAGGGCAGAUAUUGUACAAGUAAAGGACUCCUAUCAGUAUAAGAAGAACGAAAAAGAAGAUUCAGAGACUUUCUGCCGGAAACCCUUCAUUGUCCGAGUCUACUCACCCACAACAGUUAUUCAAGAUUUUGUUCUGGUGUCCCAGCACACAUGUCCAAAGGAUGCUGUAAAAGAAAUGGAUGAACUUUAUGAGGUCUUCCAGGAGGUCAGAGGUCACUGGCAGACAGAGAAUGUUAUGUUCCUUGGGGACUUCAAUGCAGCUUGUAGCUACGUUUCAGCAAAGGACUGGAAGACUAUUCGACUUCGCAACAGUCUGGAUUUCUACUGGUUGAUUGGAGACAAAGAAGACACAACUGUUAGUGAGAAGACAUGCUGUGCUUAUGACAGGAUUGUAAUUCAUGGACAGGAAUUUAUACAAUCUGUGAUCCCUGGCUCUGCAAAACCAUUUAAUUUUAAGAAAGAAUUUGGUUUAUCAGAGGAAGAGGUUUUGGGCGUGGUUCUAAUUGCAGAUAUAAAUAAAGACCUUAAAUGUUAA